AUGCACGGUCAAACAAUCACAGCAGAUGCUUAUUGCGAGACACUUCGGAAAUUGUGCCACUUAAUACAGAAUAAGCGCCGAGGAUUGCUGUCAAAAGGUGUUGUUUCUCUUCACGACAACGCACAACCACACACUGCAAAUGUGACAAAAAACCUCUUACAGGGAUUUGGCUGGGACGUGUUUGACCAUCCUCCUUACAGCCCUGACCUCGCUCCUACCGACUUUCAUCUGUUCUUACAUCUCAAGUCUUUCCUUGGCGGUCAACACUUCAACAAUGACGACGAGCUGAAAGAAACAGUUUCCAACUGGUUGAAGAAACAGGCGGCAAAUUUCUAUGAGGAAGCUAAACUUGUGCCACGCUAUGACAAAUGUCUGCAAAAUUUCGGUAGUUAUGUGGAAAAGUAG